AUGGCUUUCUUCCAAUUUAAGUCUGCUCUGCUGCGAUUGCGACUACAACUCUGCAAGUUGACAAGUAUCAGAUUCCUUGUUCAUCACGAGCCGGAGCCAACCUCGAACUGGAGCCCAUAUUUAGCUACCUCGAAUCUAAUCGAGCAAACAGAGAUAACAAGCACAGCCACCCACAUAGAAGAUGUGGAAGAAGAUUGUCCCUCUGAUGACCGCCAAAUCUACUGCGUCACAUUCUUCGGUGAUCAAAUCCGAACCACAUUGACCUACACUGCCUCCGUCGUCGACGUCUGGAUCGCCGGAAUCCAACGCGUCCACCAUCAUAGAAUUGAUCAGAAGCAGCUCGUCGUGGGUCUCGAUGUGGAAUGGUGCCCAAGCUUCAGCCGCAGCGUGGAGUACAAGGUCUCCUUUUUACAGCUUUGCGUGGAAUGCACUCGUCUGAUAUUUCAACUCCUUUACGCAGAUCUCAUACCCACUUCUCUAAUCGAAUUCCUCAACAACCCAAGUUUGAGGUUUGUUGGAGUAGGAAUCGAAGGGGACGUGGAGAAGCUAUUGGAGGAUCACGAAUUGAACGUCUUGAACACUUUGGAUCUCAGUUCUUUGGCAGCGACGAGGUUGAGCAUGCCGGAGCUUAGGAGUAGUGGGCUGAAAGAGCUAACAAGAGAGGUACUAGGAAAAGAAAUAGGGAAGCCGAGGAAGGUAACGAUGAGUAGAUGGGAUGCAGAGUGGCUGACCUACGAUCAAGUUCAAUAUGCUUGUCUUGAUGCUUUUCUUUCUUUUGAGAUUGGAAAGAGUUUGAUUAUCCAAGGAAGUCGAUGA